AACCAACUCGAGAUGAAAUAUAUUUCAAGAGAGAGAGUGUUCUACCACCCAUAUCUGGAGCAGCUUCACAGACUGAAUGAAUACAACCACAUCCAACCGAGAGAGUCUAUGAGUGUAAUGGAUCAGGAACAGGCCUACUUUUACCUUGAGCCUUUCCAACAAGUCUAUCAGCUUGAGACCUAUCCCUAUGGCACUUUGUAUAGCCUUCCACAGGCCAGGCCAUAUCUUGCUCUCCAACCAUCCUUCAAUGUCAUUAAGACCGCUGCCAUGGGGGAUGCUAACAAGGCUGACAGCACGCCAUAAUGGUGAUGUGUCCAAAAUUUCAUUCUCUGAAUUUCUUCUCUCUUCUGCCAUACAACACAAUUCUACCCAAAGGAUUCAACAGUUAUUUUAGAAUAGGAAAAAUUCCA